AUGACAAAUUGCUGUGUGCGCUGUUACACAAGUGUUGGAUGUGCUGCCUGCUAUGUAGUUAUCAGUGUUUGGGGCAUAGUCAUGCUCGGCAUUAUGGCCAUUCUUUUCGGUAUCGAUAAAGCCGGUACCAUUGGUGAUCUUAACCCUCAUCACACAAGAAAAGACAAUACAAAAACAUUAUGGAUUAAUGUUAUCAUUUACUUCAUUGUUUGCAUUUUAAGCUCAAUCAGUCUUUGCUACAGACUUAAGCAUCCAUUUGAGGACGACAAGGCUAACGAGGAAGUUGAUGAAAUAGAGGAGAUGCUCAAGAAUGCACCAGAAGAGGAGCAAAAGAAAUCCGAAAAUGCAAAGUCUGUUGAGCAGCCUCUUAAUAGCAAAUAA